ACGCAAUUGUUCGAAAGUUUUAAGAAGUUUUUAAAUGCUACUUUAUCCAUUAGGAGAAGGUUGCAGCGUUCGGAAACUCUAGGUCGAUUCUCUCACUCCCUCUCUGUCACCUGACAUAGGGGGGAGUCAAAGUCUUGAAAAGGGGCCAUGAUGACUGCUGCUAAUGCUCCAUGAUCCAGGGUGGACUUACACCUGCAGAAGGACACGCAGAGAUGUACUAUUUUCCUCCAUGGAUCUCAUUACUUUAACCCAGGCUUUGCGGGGAUGUCCAAAAGAAUUCGUCUUGGCUUUAAAGACAAAGUCAGUCUCCUGUCGGGUCAUCAUUGGCACGACUUGCGAGUCCAAAGGUGUGAGCGCUGAAGAAGUAUUUGGCAUGAGGUCUGCAACAAGUUCCAUCCUGGUAUAAAGUUCCACCUGAUACAGAGUUCAUAUGGAAUCCAAGAUGGCUGAAGGUGCAGCAUCCAGUACCAGUCAAGACAGCUCACCCAACAGGACCAAAUUUUGUAAUAUGAAAGACCAUAUUGUCCCCGAUCAAGAGCCCAAGCCACCAGUUUUUGUCCGCAAACUUCGCAAGGCUGCGGUGGGAACUGGCUGUGACAUCCGCCUUAGGGUGUCAGUGGCAGGUUUUCCAAAGCCAUCGCUCACCUGGUACCAUAAUGACACUCUGAUGCCUCCCACGGAAACCCAAGACCCAGGAGGAUUGUGGAUACGGGACUGCCGUACGUGGGACGCUGGUUUGUACACCUGCGUGGCUGCCAGUGAGCUGGGGGAGGCCCGCUGCAGUGCUGUCCUUGCCAUCAUGGAUCUUGGAGAAGACUCUGAGACCACAGAGGAUGAGACCACCGAGCCACAGAUGGAACCCAAAGGAGGGCCGGGGAGACACCAAGACAAGACCGCCCGGGGAGGACCCUUAGGUGAAAGGGAUCGGACAAUGGACAAUAACCCUGAUGCUUCUGAUCACCGAGCUCCCCUUCCAGGCUCCUAUGAUCCCAUUGUGGAACGUGAGCUCCGGGCAUUGGGAUCCCGACCACCCGGGCCCAACGUAGAUCCCACAAACCCAUCAAGGAUUCCCGCUGAUGAACAAUCACGUGGGGGUCUUCCAUCUGCACCCUUAGACUCUUCUCAGCCACCUCCCAUCUCGUACACAAACCACCACAGAGCCCCAAUUCAAGACCAGAAUAAACACAGACCUCCAGAUCAGCUUUCUCAGCCUGAGACAGAGCAGGGAUCCAGCGUUAAUAGCACAGCGAGGACCAAACUGGCUUGUGAUGGGCCCAAGUGCUCUGAGACGGUCAAAGCCUUUGAGGCAAGAAGGGCGAGUGUGGAUCUGCCAACAGUUGGAACCACUUCAGAGUUGAAUUAUCACGGAAAAAGCAAGGACGCCACACAAAAGAGAUCAGCCUUCAAGCAACGAGCCUCCUCUUGGGAAGACAAGAUAAGCCACUCCCAGCGGGUUCGGAGCUACCAGAACAAAUUCAGCGAAGAACUGGAAAGGAUCAAAAAGCUUGUGGGGAAAGCAAGUAUUAGAAAGGCGUAUUCAACUGAUCAGGUGCUAACAGGCAAGCCAGAGCCCAGUGCCCCGCAAGUGAUGAAAACUCUUGAGGAGCCAACAAUAAAUGCAGGACCGAUUUGUGAGACCGACAGACCACAAAUGUUAAGUAAAGUUCCUGAAAAGACUAAGCCAAGCACAAAGAUAAACCCAGAGUCUUACUCAACUCAAGGAAGAACGGGGAAUAUUAGGGUUUCCAUGGAGACAGCACUAGUACACCAGUUGCCAGGGCAACCAUUGCCAACAGCCAUAAAGAGCAGACUCACCAGGAAAUUCAUACAGAACUCUCCAAACACUCUGGUUAUCACCUCACCAAAGCAACAGUCUCAUUCAGGCAAAGAAAAGGACAGAUCUCCCAGUCCAAAGGGGAUAAGUGCGUCUCCACUCACAUGCAGGGAAUCCGGGUCACAGUAUCCAACCAAGCCUCCUAGGCUUACACCGUCGCCCACAUCUCAGGUCAGCCCUCUUCUAAAGAAGAGAAAGGAAGAGAAACUGGCCAUUCCCGCCAUCCUGGUGGAAGACAAAACCAUAAAGACUGAAUGCGAUGCAAGCCAAAUGAGGAUUAAUAAAGAGAAAAGUGGUUUUGGAGAAGGUUAUUCAUCAGAUGAUGAGAACGGAAGGAAGGGCCCAACAUUUAGGAUACCUCUUAAGGACACAAUCGCACCUUGUGGCUCACAGGUCACUCUGGCAUGCACCAUUGACAGUCACCCUCCCCCAAAAGACCAAGGCGAAAGACUCGUCAGGGCUCCGGAUGUCAGGACCUAUGCCUGCUACACAGAUGAGGGGAACUUGAGUACACAGGAGGGUGUAACAACACUCAAUGGAGAUGCUUCUUCUCGGACAAAAACUGUCCAUUUCAAAGAGCCGCCUUCUUUCCAGGUGGGGCCAUGUGACCAAGAAGUGAUGGAGGGCCAGGAUGUUGUCAUCUCAGUAAAGGUCACUGGGCAGCCCAAGCCGAUGGUUAACUGGCUAAAAGAUAAGGUUGCAGUCAAGACAGCGGGACGGUUCUCCGUCAAGGAGGAGGGAGGGGCCAGUGAGAUCAGAAUCGUUUCAGCGCAGAGGUCGGAUGCUGGGCUCUAUUCUUGCCAGCUUGUCAGUGAAUGUGGAACAAAACAGGAGGAGUGCAGGGUUGAGGUUAAAGCCGCAUCACAAACCCAGCUGAAAAUCAUUCAAGACGUAAAAGAUCUCAUGAUGGAAGCCGGUGAGUCGGCCAUGUUUGAAUGCCACAUCUCCGGACCACCAGACGUGGAUGUGGAUUGGCUGUCCAAUGGUAAGCUGAUCCAGCCAGCGCUGCUUAACUGCAAGAUGCACUUUGACGGCCGGAGAUGCCGCCUGCUGCUGAAUUCAGUGCACGAAGAUGACAGUGGCACCUACACUUGCAAAUUGAGCACAGCUAAAGAUGAGUUGACCUCCAGUGCAAACCUAAAGGUGACUCCCUCCGAGGAGCCAUUGUUCACCCGUAAGUUGGACGUCCUGGAGGUCAUCGCUGGUCGCACGGCCCGCUUAGACUGCAAGGUGAGCGGGUCACCGGCGCCACAAGUCACCUGGAUGCACUUUGAGUCAAAAGUGGAGGAGAGUGACAAUAUUUGCAUUCUCAGAGAGGGGGGGCGCCAUUCACUUGUCAUCGCCAGCGUCAGCAGUGACACAGAGGGUUUCUACACGGCUGUGGCCCAGAACAUUCAUGGGAAGUCUGAAUGCACGACUGAACUUUACAUCCAAGAGCACAGGGUCACUGUCUCCUCACAUAUGUCCAAACUUGAAAAGAUGCCAUCCAUCCCAGAGGAGCCAGAACAGUUCGAGAAUGAAGUGGUGAAAAGAACAAUGCCAGACUUUGUCAAACCGCUGUCUGAUCUGGAAGUGAUUGAAGGCAAAGAAGCUGUGCUGAACUGCAAGGUAAUGGGCCUACCUGAUCUGGCUAUUACCUGGUACCACAAUGGCAAGCGCAUUGAAAGUACUGACGAACGCAAAAUGACUCAAAACGGGGACAUCCACAGUCUAGUCAUUCAGACUGCUUGUCAUGCUGAUGGUGGCGUCUACAAGGCUGUGAUUGCCAACAAAGUGGGAAAAGCAGCCUGCUACGCACAUUUAUACGUUUCAGAUAUUGUUCCAGAUCCACCUGAUGGCCCUCCGGUCAUAGAGGCUAUCACAGGAAAAACUAUCACCCUCAGUUGGAACAAAUCAAAGAGACUGGAGCCCUCUUACGAUCCUGCUUCUUUGUCAUAUGUGGUCCAGCAGCAGCCUCUGGGCUCCAUUCAGUGGUCCAAUGUGAUAUCCAACUUGAGGGAAACCAGCUGCACCAUCAGCGGCCUUUCUAAGGGGGUGCGCUACGCCUUUAGGAUCCUGGCAUCCACUGGCAAGACACUCAGCAAGCCUUCACCAUCCACUGAUCUGGUCCAGCUCAUUGACAGAGGACCUUAUUUGAGGAAAGCUCCAGUGAUCGUGGAAAAACCUGAUAUUGUGUAUGUGGUUGAGAACCAACCCGUAAACAUCACCAUCACCCUGAACCAUGUACAUGCCACAGUCACGUGGAAAAGGAGGGGUGUUGCACUGGUGAACAAACCAGGGGUGUGUGAGAUGAUCAUGUCAGAUGAUGAUCAACACACCCUGAAACUUCAGCGUCCCAAGGCCUUGGACGUUGGCCAUCUGGUGGUGGUGGCUAGUAACCAGUUUGGCAGCGACCUUUGCACACUGCAGCUGGUCAUGGCAGUUCCGCCAAAGUUUGAAACUAUCAUGGAAGAUGUAGACGUGCAAGCCGGAGAAACUUCCCGCCUGGCUGUUGUAGUCGAAGGGAAACCAGAUCCAGAUAUUCUGUGGUACAAGGAUGAUCAACUUCUCUCCGAGAGCAACUAUUACACCUUUGUGUAUGAUGACCCAGAAUAUUCUCUUGUGAUCCUCAAUGCCCGCACAGAGCACUCUGGUGUGUACACAUGCACAGCAAAAAAUCUUGCCGCGUCCAACUCAUGCAAGGCUGAGCUGACAGUUCACACAGAGCGAAAAGAUUCCAUUGAGCCAAUGGAAGAUGAGGGAACCAUUCUCAGAAAGAUGCGAUGCUUGACCGAUUAUUAUGACCUCCACAAAGAAAUAGGCAGAGGGACAUUUUCCUAUGUAAAGCGAGUGACACAAAAAGUGGGAAAAAAGGAUUUCGCUGCCAAGUUUAUAUCUGCACGUGGAAAAAGGAAAGCAUUGGCAUUGCAAGAGAUGGAACUGCUGUCUGAGCUGGACCACAAGGAGAUCAUUUACUUUCAUGACGCCUUUGAGAAAAAAAAUUUGGUAGUGCUGAUAACGGAGUUGUGUCAUGAGGAACUUUUGGAACGAAUGGCUAGGAAAACUACAGUCACAGAGCUGGAGAUUCGACAAAGUGUUCAACAGGUUUUGGAAGGCCUUCGCUACCUUCAUGAGAAAGACAUUGCCCACCUUGACAUAAAGCCAGAAAAUAUUUUGAUGGCAGAUGCCGGCAGUGACAAGAUCCGCAUUUGCGACUUUGGCAAUGCCAUCAGACUACAGUCAUCUGAGGAGCACUACUGCAAGUAUGGCACACCGGAAUAUGUGGCACCAGAGAUUGUGAACCAAAAUCCAGUCUCCACAGCAACAGACAUAUGGCCAGUUGCAGUCAUUACAUAUCUCUGCCUGACAGGAGUGUCACCAUUCGCUGGUGAAAACGACAGAGCCACAGUGUUAAACAUUCGCAACUACAACGUGGCCUUUGACGAGAGCAUGUUUUCUGAUCUCUGCAAAGAGGCAAAAGGGUUUGUGAUCAAACUCUUGGUGGUGGACCGACUGAGGCCGAGUGCCAUUGAGUGCCUUCGUCAUCCUUGGUUCAAGUCAGAAAGUAACAAGAGCAUCUGCACAACAAGGCUAAAGCAGGUUUUGUCUAGAAGACGAUGGCAGUGCUCCCUCAUCAGUUACAAAUCAAAGAUGGUGAUGCGGACAAUUCCAGAGCUACUUAACGACGCAUCUAGCCAUGUGUCAAUUGCCGUGGCACGACAUUUAAAAGAAGGCUCACCGCCACCUUCAUCAUCCUCCGACUCGGAUGCAGACGUGGAUGAACUACCUUUCAUUCCUAUGCCGCUAUCUAUGUUCUUCUCCGGUUCCAGAGUUUCCCUGAAUGAGAUGCCUGGGGAUGAACAUGUCACAGAGAUUGCUGAUAGAACUAAGGACAACUUUGACACAGCUGGUGUCGAAGGUGUAGCUAGUCAAACGCUUAAAGAUGAAAAACUAGACAAGGAGAUAAUUCAACAGAAGAAAAGAUCUCCACUUAAAAAGGGAUCAAGUACAGAGACAGAUGAGUCUCAGAUAAAAGCAAAAAGAUCUACCAUGAGGAGAGGCAGCUCGGCCGACUCUGCAUUACUCCUCCAUAUGGACCCAGAGGAGAGUGAUACUAAUAAGGCUAAUGAAAUGUGCAGCAAUAACCUGAAAAAGACCGUUUCUCUAGAAUUGCCUAACCGCAGUCCAAGUCCUGGAAUGACAAAGCUAAGCCAGGAGGAUUAUGCCUUAAAGCUGGAGCUCAUGAGACAACGGCUGCUCAGAGGAGGGAGCAUGGAUAAAAAGAUGAGCGGCCUGCGAGGACCCUUAUUUGAAACACUUGGCAUGGAAGAUGAAAGACAGACAGGAUCUCUCGAUCGUAAUCUGAGACGAUUCAGAGCGGGACCAUCCACACUCGUUAGGGCAGCAUCUUCUGAGAAUGCAGGACAGGACACACCAAAAACCAAGGUUUUUCAAAAAAGUUCUUCUUUCACUCAAGAAGAUUCUGAACCAAUGCCUCUUCAUCGUAGGUAUGGAGCUCCCUUAGAAAUCCCAUCUGUAAGCAUAGGCAGCAUUGAAGGAAAGAAACUUCAGGAGGCAACAUCCAUGUCUGCCCUCACAGAACAAACAGCGAUGGAGUCACCCACACGGCGCACCUCAUUUAUAUACCCAGCAGAACUAGUGGACCAACGGCAAAAACUGAACAAUCGAGAGAAAAGGACCAACAAAGAAAAGGUAAACAAAACAGAAUGUGAACCAAGAUCGUCCUCACUUGUUACUCCUUUAAUUGUGAUAGAAGAGGAUUAUGAGGCAGGAGGCAAAAGAAAAGAAUAUCUGGAUCAAAAAAUCAAUGAAGAGAAAGUAAAUAAGGACAAAGAAACAGAUGCUGCUGUGUGGUCAUCUGGAACAUCUGACAAAGUGUCCGGCAAGGUAAAAGAAGAUGAGCCCAAAGACAUCACUACUUCACCUCAACAUCCGGCAGUAUUUGCCAAGGUGGCAACUGCCGACCAAGCUUUAGCUCAGUUAUCCUCAUCUUCAAAUCCAGCAGUUUUUAGAAUGUCACACCACCCAGUGCUCCGAACAGAUAUAAAAGACAUUGACUCGGAAGAGGUCUUUGAAGCCAGAUUCAAGAAGCGGGAAUCAUCUUUGACCCGUGGUCUCAGAAAGCUAGCCAGAAACAAAUCAGAGGAAAAAUCACCUACACUGACCCGUAAGAUUGGUGGCAGAGACGACGAGGUUUACCGACCAGGGCGGGGUGGAGCACCUCUUGAAAUGGUCUCCAAAGGGCUACAGGAGAAAUCCAAAUCAGUUCAAGACCUGCGAGACGAUAAGGGGAAAGAAUCAGGCCUAAGCAUUAUGGGGAGGUUUUCAAUGCGAGGAAAGAGAUCAACAUCAGCUGAUAAACAAGUGGACAAGGCGAAAGAAGGAAAGUCUCAGAGCGCUCAGGAAAGUGCAACAACUAAACGUGUUACUUGGGCAAUUGGUCGUAGUAAAUCUUUGGACACAAAGGAGCCGGAAGCGAGAGAACAAACAAAAGUUGAUGAGUCUGCGGUAUCUGCUAUGAGGCGCAUGUUUGAGUCCAAAGUGGCUGGAAUCUCUGCCAAAAUAAGAAGCCAGUCUGAGGACAGGAAAAAUAAAGUUACAGAAGGAAGUCAAAAACAGCAGGAACUGAGGAGGCUCACAGAUUCUCCCAUCCUUGCAACACGACAAAUGUUUGAGAAAAAAGUCACGGGGAACCCAUCAAAAAUACGUAGUCUGUCGGACCAAAGAAAAGAGAACACAGAAGAAAAGAGGACACCUUUGUUUUCUCGUCAUCGGAACUCACAGUCUGAGGGGCGCAGUUUGAAAGGAAUGGAUCUGCCUGAGAAUCAGCUUGCAAAGCAAACAGGUGUAGGUACGUCGAAGGAAUCAAUCGAAUCUAGUUCCAGUGUUCAUUCAGAGAAAGAAAAUGACCGACGGUCUAGAUGGGACAGGUGGGGUCUGACCAAGAGCAAAAAGGAUAAAACACCUUCUCAGAAUGAGCUCAUUAUAGCCACCCAAAAAGGAGACACUUCCCAUUCUCAGAGGUUUGUCCGAUCCGCUUCGGACUUUCCGCCUGUCUUCCACAUCAAACUCAAAGACCAAAUCCUGUUGGAGGGGGAGCAGGUCACGCUCAGUUGCCUCCCUGCUGGAAGUCCACAUCCUGACAUAGAUUGGAUGAAAGAUCGGAAAGCACUGGACGCGGAUGACAGAAUCAGUUUGAUGUCCCAUCCAGAUGGAAGGCAGCUUCUUACCAUCCUCAAAUGCAGCCAGAGAGAUGCUGGGGUGUACGAAUGUAUAGCUACCAACCCCAUCGCUGCCAUCACCACUUCUUGUACACUGACAAUAGCUUUUGUUCCCAAGCGACCUGGAACCCCUGAAGUCCCCCAGACAUACAACAACACUGCCCUGGUCCUGUGGAAGCCAUCAGACACUAAACCACCAUGCAGCUACACACUGGAAAGAAAGACAGAAGGUGAUUCAACAUGGAAAACUGUUGCAACGGGAGUGGUUGACUGCUACUACAAUGUGACAGACUUACCACAAGAUGUGACAUUCCAGUUCCGUGUGUGUUGUGUCAACAAGGCAGGACAAGGGCCACACAGCAACUGUUCAGCUCCAAUUAAUUUGGACUCAUUAGCUGGAGUGGCUUUACCCGCGCUGGCUGUUGUUAAGACUGCAGACAUAACUGAUCCUUUGGUGACCACAUCAUGCCUCCUCUCAUCCACAUCCAUGACGACCAUCUCCACAGCUACCAUGACAGGGCAUGAAAAUGCAACUGCAUCAACCACAUCUUUUCCUCCAGCAGUAUUGCCAUCAUUCAAUGAGGCUUCCAGAGCCACAGCAACCUUGCCAUUGCCAUCUGCAAUAACAAAUACCCAGGAUGCUCCAAAAAUAAAUUACAAACUCCCUUCUGCACCGUUUUUAGCAGCCAAGCUCCAAAGUCCAGUCAACGUUGUGCCUCCUAUGACCCAGACCCCAACCACCAUCGUAACUCCUCCUUCAAGUCCCACCAAACCUGCUUCAACGCCCAUUUAUGUCCCCACUACCAUAGCUUCUAUGGCCCCAUCGCCAGCAUCCUUCUCCCCCAAAGUGCUCCAGGUAUCAAGCCUGAGCCCAAUUGGUCAAGGGACCUCCACGCCCACCAGAGGCACACCAUUAAUGCACUCGACAGCUCUGCGCCAAGGGGUUCCACAGAAACCCUACACCUUCCUGGAGGAGAAAUCCAGAGGUAGGUUCGGAGUCAUCCGUGAGUGCCGUGAGAACGCCACAGGCAAGAUGUACAUGGCCAAAAUAAUUCCCUACAGCCAAGAGAACAAAAAGGAAGUGCUGAAGGAGUAUGAGAUCUUAAAGUCUCUGCACAAUGAAAAAAUCAUGGCUUUGCACGAGGCCUAUGUCACACCACGCUAUGUCGUGCUGGUGGCUGAAUACUGCACUGGCAAAGAGCUGCUGCAUAGCCUCAUAGACAGGUUCCGUUACUCUGAGGAUGAUGUGGUUCAUUACUUGGUCCAGAUCCUUCAAGGAGUUGAGUACCUACACAACCGACGGGUGCUCCACUUGGACCUAAAACCAGACAACAUCAUGGUGACGAACCUCAACACCAUCAAGAUCACGGACUUUGGGAGUGCUCAAAGCUUCAACCCUCUCAGUCUCAAGGAGCAAAACCUAACUGCAGUUGCACUGGAAUACAUGGCUCCAGAGGUUGUGAAAGGCGAUGUAGUGGGGCCUCCUGCAGACAUUUGGACUAUUGGUGUUGUGACUUACAUCAUGCUCAGCGGGCAGCUUCCAUUUGAUGACAAAGAUCCUCAGCGUGUGAAAUCCAAGAUCCUUAUGGCAAAGUUUGACCCAACAAAACUGUACCCCAACGUUUCCCAAAGUGCCGCAGCCUUUGUGAAAAAGAUGCUCAGCAGUUACGCUUGGGCCCGGCCAACCACACGCGAUUGCUUCACACAAGCCUGGCUUCAGGACACUUACAUGAUGAAGCUGAGGAGACAGACUCUUACCUUCACCACAGGGAAACUCAAAGAAUUUGUGGUGGCGCAGCAGUGCCAUCGUGCUGAGAGCACAACGAAGCACAAGGUGCUGCUACGCAACUACCAGAGCACACCCCAGUUCCCGUCCUCAGGGCCUGGGCCACAUGUUCCUGACUCCAAGUGAAAUUCGUGGUAACGUUUUAAUUCCUGGUUCGAAAACGUCUCAUAUCACUCACAUCUCUCUCUCGGCUCUGUCGUUCAGUAGAAACACUCUUAAAUCUACAGUACAUACAGGAUUUUUACCUUUGAAAAUAAUUUGUUAAUCCUUACAUACUAUCUGGCUGGCGGCACAUUUCCAGCAAUAUCCACCAUUUUCAGUAAAACAAAUUCUAAAUCUGCUCAGUCAUCACAAAAUAUCACCAAUCUGAUUUUAUAUAAUACACCCCCCAUGCGAAUACACAAUAUUUUGAGCUGCUAAUUUAUAUUUGGAUUAUUUAAUUGUACUUACCUUCAUUUUAGAUCUCAAAGCCAUGUAACUUUUCUUUAAAACUGUUUACUUUUUUCAUGUUAAUUUAUUUGCAUGCGUGUGAGCAUAUAAAAAUUCCUGAAUACGUUUUCGACUCACUUAAGCAAACAAAAAGGUGUGUUUGUAGUUGAUGGAUAAGGAUCACACUGCAAAAAUUUAGGGUGCAAUAUAUGCAUCUGUGGUUGUAUUACAGGUAGGAUACACACUGGUUAAUUGGUGUAGUUCCUCAGUAUUAGCUUGGUGAAAUCUUCAGUCAGUGCCUAGAUUGGAGUAAAAUCCAAAAUUCUUGUAAUGUGUCUUCUGGUUCUAAUUCACACGUGAUGAGUUAGUUGAACAACCAUUUAGUACUGCUGUUGCUAUUUUUCAAGACAAACUCUGACCCAAACAAUAGCAUUUAAUGGAAGUGUUUGUGUUCUCUCGCAGCACUGUUUUAUAUGACUAUGAAUGUUUGGAGAUUUGUAAAUGUGCCAAUUUGCUGUGUUUAUAUGUGGGAAAUGUUUUUUUUUUUUUUUUCUCCCUCCAGACAAAGUCUGUAAUAAAGUACAAUU